AUGGAACUUCCUUCACCUUCUACAAUACUCAUUGGUCUUUCCUUAGAUUCAAAUGAUAGCAAGGAGCUUCUAUCAUGGACAAUCAAAGUUCUAGCCAAACCACAUGAUACUAUUGUUGCAGUGCAUGUUCUUGUUGGUGAGAAUAUGAAGAAAAGUCUGUCUGUGAGAAGAAGACAAUCACAUCUUAGACAAGCAAAAGCAUAUGUUAUAUCUGUGCUCGGAGAAUUCGCGCAGACCAGUUGGUCUAAACAGAUUAAUUUGGAGGCAAAAGUGGCACUGAGUUCUACAAUAGGUCGCGGUUUAGUGAAGGAAGCCGAGUUAAUUUCGGCCGAUUUUCUUCUCCUUCGCGGAACAAGAAACCGAUCAAAUAAAAUCGGAACCUUGAAAGGAAUUACCAAGUAUUGCUUUGAUCAUAUGCAUGGAAGUUGCACAAUGGUCUCGGUUGGUAUAGAAAUGAAUGCACAAAACAGGUCACCAAGAACAGUACUAGAUGGAUUAGAGGGACAAUCCAAUAGCACAGAAGAUGAUACUUUUAGCACUCGAGCAUCGAGCAUGACAUAUACGCCUUCAUCUGAUUCGAAUUCGAAUACUAAGAGAAAAUCGAAGUUGAGAAAAUCGCAAUUCUCAUUCAGGUUUAUGAUAUCAUUCCUUGGUUCACCAUUCCGAAUAAAGAGCAGUAACAACAUGUCGAAAAAUGAAAUACAUCAUCAACCCUUGUUGAAGUGCUUCAGCUAUGAAAAUAUUUGCAAUGCUACUAAUCACUUUCACCAAGAUAAGUUGGUUGGAAGAGGAGGGUACUCAGAAGUAUAUAAAGGUGAUCUUAGUGAUGGAGAAACCAUUGCUGUGAAGAGGUUAGCCAAAGACAACAAAGAUCCAAACAAGGAGAAAGAGUUUCUUAUGGAGUUGGGUGUUAUAGGACAUGUCUGUCAUCCGAAUACCGCGAGUUUGUUAGGCUAUUGCUUUGAAAAUGGACUCUAUCUGAUUUUCAAUUAUUCUCAAAAUGGAAACUUGUCAACUGCAUUGCAUGGUAAAGCGGGAAGUUCACUUGACUGGCCUAUAAGGUACAAAAUUGCUAUUGGAGUUGCAAGAGGUCUCCAUUAUCUUCAUAAAUGUUGCAAACAUCGAAUAAUUCAUCGUGACAUUAAAGCCUCCAAUGUUCUUCUUGGUCCGGAUUAUGAACCACAGAUUACAGAUUUCGGACUUGCAAAGUGGCUUCCUAACAAAUGGACUCACCAUGCUGUAAUCCCAGUGGAGGGAACAUUUGGAUAUUUAGCACCAGAGGUUUUUAUGCAUGGCAUUGUGGAUGAGAAAACUGAUAUUUUCGCAUUUGGUGUUCUUCUUUUGGAGAUCGUAACCGGAAGAAGACCUGUUGAUUCAUCAAAGCAAAACAUUCUCCUAUGGGCAAAGCCUCUAAUGGAAUCAGGAGAUACCGCUGAGCUGGCUGAUCCAAGAAUGGAAGGUAAAUAUGAUACAGAAGAAUUGCAUAGGGUAAUCCUAACAGCUUCAUACUGUGUCAGACAAACUUCCACUUGGCGUCCUGCCACGACCGAGGUGUUGGAGAUGUUAACUAGUGGCCAAGACUAUAAAAUCGGAAAAAGUGAGAGAAUUCCAAAGUUCAUUUCUGAUGAAUUCGAUGAUUACUCCAUGGUUUUUGGAUAUGAUGUACCUUCGGAAAUAUCUCUAGAGGAUUAUUUGUGA